AUGUCCCGUCAUCAUACCGGCCACGCCAACUCUGCAGCCUCUGCCGCGACCGCGAACGACUCAAAUGCCCAGAAUGUCGGUCAGAUUGCCAUAUGGUUCCAGAAGUUUGCACCCUUCGUAUAUGACACAAGCGCCAGCACCAGGAGCAACUUCGAUCGUUUGGCCUCACAGCGCAACUGGGGUGAUAAACUUCGAAGAAAGCAGUGGACCAGUUUGCAGGCGGCCUCAGCAGCGUCAAACAAUGCUGACGCGGUCGCUAAUGCGCAUACCGAUACCCCAAACCAGGGCGGCGCAUGGUUCCAGCAGUUCGAAAAUUUCGUACACGAUCCCACGGUCGGAAUCAAGAGCAAUUUCGAUCGCCUAGCAGCACAGCGCAACUGGGGCCACAGAUUGAGGCAAAGACGUUGGGCUGAAUGUCAGGAGGAGGAAUUCGGCUACGCAUAUGGAACGGAUACGACAAAGCUAGAGAUCUGGCAGAAGCUCUGCCGUGAGGUGCUUGGCGGCCGGAACGUCCUGGUCAAUCUGAUCAACCUUAUCGACCACCGUAACAUCGGCGUAGAAGUGAUCCGAUUCAAAAACUACCACAAGUUCCAUCAGUACACAUGGCCGGACGAGGUGUUUCCUUUGAAGAAGGCGAAGAAAGAUGGCUUCAUCAAAGUGUUGUUAAGGAAGUUGUGA